AGUAAUUCAGGAUAAUUUUUCAUAGUUAUCUGCAGAGCAGUAGUAAGAAUUGUACAGUUGAUUUAUUGUGCAUAGUUUGCUACAUUUAAACAUAUAUUGAGCUGAAGGUCAAACACUGUAUUUAAAUUAAAUAUUUAAAAUUAGCAAUGGGUUGUAGAUUAUUAGGUCAUCAUGUUCUUCGAAACAAUUCUCAUUUUCUUUUUACUAAGUACAGUCAUUUUCAACUACUUAAUCUUUGCAAGUAUAAAAGCAGACUGCAUAGUGUGUGUGAAUGGGAUACCUGCAAGAUUCAUUUCAUGGGUUCAGGCUGUCAUUACUGCUCCAGCAAGUUAGUUCACAGUCAUAAGCACUGUGCGUUGCUUCCACGAAGAAUUGUCAGCAAACAUGCUUUUGCUACUUUCUAUCCACUUCAGGUGUCAAAACACCUCAUAAAGAGAUCAUCGUCAUCAGUAGUCAAAAUUUCCUCUUCACUGCUUUUGCAUCAACAGUUCCUUGACUCAUUGCCAGAUGGCAUUCAGAUGGCAUUUGCAUAUGGCUCUGGAGUUUUUCAGCAGGAAGGACAUGCUGAUAUAACAAAAAAUAUGCUUGAUUUUGUCAUCGUUGUUGAUGAUGUCGAAUCUUGGCACAGAAAAAAUUUGGCACUUAACUGGAAACAUUAUUCUGCAUUGAAGCUCUUAGGAAGCAAAGUGAUAGCAAACAUUCAGGAGAAGUAUGGUGCAGGUAUCUACUUCAACACUUUGGUUAAAUUCAAAGAUAGGCUUCUUAAAUAUGGAGUGAUCAGCACACGCUGCCUCAUUACAGACCUUUUGGACUGGAACAGUCUGUAUGUUAGCGGUCGGUUGCACAAGCCAGUUAAACUGAUUGUUCAGCCAGAUUCCAAAAGUGUGAUGUCAGCAAUGCAAAUGAACCUGCAGAGUGCAGUGCAUGCAGCCCUUCUUCAACUGCCUGAGACUUUUAGUGAAGAGGCUCUCUACAUCACUAUUGCUGGCCUUUCAUAUGGUGGUGACUUCAGAAUGACUUUUGGUGAAGACCAUAACAAGGUGGUCAACAUGGUGCGCCCAAACAUUGAACAUUUCAGACAGUUAUAUGAGAAAAUCCUUGACUCUACGGAGCAUCUUUACUGGCAUCGUGGUCUGGGCAGACUGGAGCAACCCCAAAGUCACGUUGCUCGCUUCCAUCAUCUUCAGCUUCUACCAAAAACAGUUUUGCUGUCAUUGCAGGGACAGCACAGCCAAGCCUAUCGAAACCCAGACCUAGAAGAGGUUUUACGUUUCUAUGCACACGACACUCACUGUGAUGAAGCUGUGGCCCGCUGCAUUAGAAAGACUGUCCGUAAAUCUAGCUGGAGUCAGAGUCUAAAGACUAUUUUAUCAGCAGGUAUUAGAAAGUCCCUUGUAUACAGUGCAAAGAAAAUGGGAAAAAUGGUACAAGGAAAGCAGAAACCAAAAGAAAGCAUCAAUUAUCGACAGCAAUAAUGUAAGAGCGAUUGUUUUUAGUCCUUUUUUUUUUAAACAUUGUAUUUGUUUUCACAAUUUUGCCAGUCCUUACUGGUGUUUGCUAAUAUGUAGGUAAUAGAUGGUUAAUUAGAAGAUAUUGUUGAUUGUUUUUGUGCAAGGGAAUUUGUGCUGAGAAUGAAUAGCUAAAUUUUAGACCAUAAACUGAUUCAACUGUUGAACGGAUAAAUUAUCUAUUUUUACAGACUUUGACUAUGCAAUUGCAUGAUUUUGAAUAUAUAUAUAAAACCUGUAGCAGAUUAUUGAUGCUUAAAGUUUUGAGUCAGAAGCAUCGAUUUACAGAUGACUGCAGUUUAUAAAUUUUUCGGCAUAUAAGCAGUCUGUAAAAGGACAUACUGAACCAAGUAUAUGACAUACUGAACCAGGUACAUUAUAGUGUUUAAAGCCAACAAAUGUGGCAUUGACCAGAGAGGUGUAGCUGCAUCUGAGAAUAGAGAUUUAGCUACAGCCCAUAUGAGCCUCCAGGUGCCAUAGUUUAGAAGCAAGGGCAAGUCGUUACCCUAGGGCUAAGUCGGCAAUACAAGGACAACCAUCUUGUUUUAGUAGUUACAAAUGCCAAGACCCCCAUGAACACCUCUUCAUGUUUCUUUGCCUCUGCUUUGUAACAGUGGCGUUAUUUAUGGGGUCUAGACACCACAUUAUAAAUGAGUUGUUGUAGUUUCAUAACUAUAGCUGCAGGAGGAAUAUAUAUAUAUGAAGGAGUUAUUUCCCUCCUUAAUUCUCUACUUUUGAUCAAGGUUACACGACCCGAAUUGUUUCAUAAGACAAAAAGUCAACUUUGUGGUCUUAUUGCUGCAUGUAAUGAUUAGCAGAAAGCAGAGUUUAUAUUACAGAUUUGUAUUGUUGUACUUGGUUGCUGGCUGGAAAAUUGACUGUCCAUAAGUGGAGCUGGUCAGGAUGUGAGUAAAAAUCUAGUGCAUUCAAAUGUUGCAGGAAUAAAAAAAAAAAAAUACAGACUUUCCUCAAUUACAAGGUAUGUUGAAAAUAAAAUAAAAACAACACUUU